AUGACACUCCUGCACAUACUUUUGCAAUCCUUGUCCACUGUCUUUUUCAUCUAUGGGAGAACAUCAAGCGCGCUUACCAUGAACCGCACCAUCGAUGACCAGCUCGGCGAUGACUUCACGAAAUUCGUACCUCGAUACUCUCCUCAGAAUGCAUGGAUGCUAGGUCCGAACUGUACGGGUUGCUUGAUUGGAACCAAGUAUCCGGUCAACACUUCCAAAGUCUUCAAUGGCACGUGGCACGACGUUUCGGCGGGAUUGGACCCGCAGCCUAAGACGAUCACGUUGGAAUUCACUGGGACGGCGAUCUACGUGUUCAAUAUGGUUGACAAGCUCGCACAACCACAGUACGAAGGGGGCCCGUUUUUGACCCAGAACAACAUCUCGUUUGAACUCGACGACGCCCCCGAAUACACCCUCUUUCGCGCUCCCGGCGACCUCUGCAGCGAAUUUAUCUGCUACAACGUGCUCACCUACUCGCAGACCGGGCUCGCCAACGUCAAUCACUCGCUCCUUAUCACUUGCAUGGUCGGUAAUUGUCAGUUCGACUAUGCGCUCUACACAUUUUCCGACGACCGUCCGGAGGUGUCCUUCAACUCAAGCACAUCGGACAACCCGAGCGUUCCCAGCCCCCCUAGCGCCUAUACUCUCUCAGGAGCCUCUUCCGUGCCGGUGCGUCCAUAG